AUGACACAGGAGUCCACUGCAGACAAGGCAACCACUUCAACACACAAAGUAAGUGGUUCCCUCAAACUCAAAGAAACAGCCGAUCGUGUUAGGAGAAUGUUAGGCAAAGAGGUUAAAGAUACUGCUCAUAAAGAACUAGUGGCCAUAAAAUCACUUGAGGACAUUCCAAAAAUUAUAACUAUUGAAGCAGAAACCGCAAUAUUACAUGCUCUCAGAGGAGCAAACUUGCGCAAAAACCAACAAUACGAAGAAGCACUUAUAGAACUAAACAAAGCAUUAUCAAUAGAGAAUGGCUUCGUUAUCGCAAGGCAAAUACGUGGCGAAGUAUUCCGUAAAUUAGGCAGAUAUCGAGAUUCACUAAAAGACUUUACUAGAGUGCUCGCAGAAUGGCCAGACAAUGUUGCAGCCAGAGCAUAUAGAGGAGAGCUCAAACUAAAACUAUACGAAGAAGCACUGAAAGAUUUAAACAAGUCGUUAGAAUUAAGGCCAGAUAGUACGAGUGCAUUAGAAACACGCAGUGAAGUCUAUCGUAAACUAGGUAGAUUUGAUGAAGCAUUAACUGAUCUCAACGAGAUACUCAAGCGCAAUCCAUCACACGUAUCGGCUCUUAAAGAUCGAAGUCACAUAUAUAUUGAGCAAGAGAAAUAUUCCGAUGCGUUAACAGAUUUGAAUGCCAUACUACGCAUCAAGCCAGAAGACCCAUAUACACUCCGUGAUCGAGGAUUACUCAAGCGUAAACUAGGAUAUGCUGAUGAUGCAGUAGUAGAUCUUGACAAGUCACUUGCACAACGACCUAAUUCGGCUACGGCAUUAGAGAAUCGAGGAAUGGCGCAUUUCACCCUCGGACGUCUUCAAAACUCGUUAAAAGAUCUCACAACAGCACUAGAGAUUCGUUCGAAUAGUUUGGAAGCUUUACAAGCACGUGCGACAGUUAAUUAUGUUCUUGGUAAUUAUAAUGCGAGUCUAAUCGACCUGGAGCGUGUACUUAGCCGUCGUAAUCCACCCGCACCGUUUCGUAAGAUUCGUAUCAAAAUCUUGUUCAAGCUGCAUCGAUACGAUGAGGCGCUUAACGAUCUCGAAAAGUUGUUCCAUCCCGACCUGCAGGAUCCCGAGGCGUAUUAUCUUCGUGCGUAUAUGUGCUUCUUGGUUCGUAGAUUUUCAGAGGCGUUGAGCGAUUUGAACAAGGCGCUCGCUUUCGACUGCGAAAACGUGGAGGCGUUAGAGUUGAGAGCAAAGACCUAUCUGAUGUUGUAUCGGACUACGGAUGCGUUUGCUGAUUUUGAGACGGUCUCUAUAUUGGACCCUACUCAUGUGUUUAGGCUUUGUAGUGUGGAGACUAUUAAUAGUGUUAUUAAGGAGUUUUGUGCAAAGAGCGAUUGUGAAUAUAUGUAUUAA